AACGUAAUGCCAUCAAUAUCUUAUCUGCAACUGCCCUAUAAAAGGACCACCAAGCAAAAGCGACUGCCUCAUUUUUAUCCAGGCUCAGCCCAAGCGGGACGAAACACACCCUUCCGCAGCUUUGCCCGUGUCCUGGUCGGAGCGCGAGCGAGGACAGAACUGACGCCAGUGGGGGAAACCAGACUCUGCAGCAGGCAGCAUGUGUUACAAUAAGUGUGCACGAUGCCUUGGCAUCACCCUGGUCCCUCUGUCUCUUCUGUGCAUUAUUGCAAACACCUUGCUUUUCUUCCCGAAUGGAGAAACGGGGUAUAACACCCCGGAGAAACUGGCGGACAGUGUCUGGUGCUUCAGUGGGAUUUUGGGCUCGGGAUUGUUGAUGGUGUUCCCAAUCCUGGUGUUCAUGGGAAUGGAAAACAACGACUGCUGUGGGUGUUGUGGAAAUGAAGACUGCGGUAAAAGAUUUGCGAAUUUUUCUUCUGUGAUCUUUGCCGGGAUCGGAGUGGCAGGAGCUGCUUAUUGCUUCAUUGUUUCCGCGGUGGGUCUCAACACUGGACCAAAAUGUACCACCACAGAGAGCAACAGUAGCUAUAUCUACCCCUUCAUUAACGGUGAUUACCUGCAGAAUCACACGAUGUGGGAUGAAUGCAUAGAGCCUCCCAGUAUUGUCCCCUGGCACGUAACGUUGUUCGCUCUCCUGCUGGUAAUGAGUGGAGUCCAGCUCGCCCUCUGUGCCAUUCAAGUGAUCAACGGGCUGAUUGGUUUUAUCUGUGGCGAGUGCAGCUGUUGUUCCUGCUGCAAUUCAGCCUAGAAGCUGAAACAGACGGAAUCAAACUGCUCCGUAAUCAAGUUUGUGUUGCUAAAGCAGAGUUUGACAAAUGGACUUCCAAAAAAGCACCCUUUCUUUUGUUCCCAGGAGAAAAGGUGGCAGAAGCCACUGAAGCAAAGUCACAUUCCUAGGGCAGUGAUUUUAACCUCACCACUAGACUGCUAGAGGCUCCUGUAUGAAUCACAUCUGUAAACAGUAGAAUCACUGUAAUAUUUCAAUCAGUAAUUUCUAGGUCAGGGAAGAUACUAGUUUCACUCAAGAAAACUUCUGUUUUAAAAGGAAAAUGUAUUUUUUAAGAUGAGUAAUUUUUUUUUCUCUGACUCAAGUUGUCUCGCUAAUAUAGGUCUCUGGAAUCAGCUCUUCAGCUGAAGGUCUGGGGUAUUGCAUUGGCUCUGAUGUUGAAGAAAUUGCUUGAAUUUCAAUUCUAUUGGUUCCAGAAAAUCAGAAACUCAGGCAAUUUCUAUGACUCGUGAUGAACCUACAAAUCCCCCCCUUCAGCCAUAAUGCCAUGGGAAAGUUCAUUCCCACUGUGGGAUAAAUCUAUUUAUUUGUGGUCGGCUGUCACAGUUUGCCAUUCCACUUGAACUGCUGCCUAUCGAAGCUAACAGAAAAAAUACUUAAUUCGGGGAAAUGUCCGGUCAUCUACAAUGCUUCUGCUGAGUCUUAUCCCACCUGAAUUCUUCUUCUCAUUUAGGGAAGAAUUCUCCAGUUUACAUUCUGAACCACGAGAAGACCAAUCUCCAGAGAACCUUUAUCUGUGCUGUGCUUAAUCCAGUUGGUUCAAGACUUUGGCCCAUUCUCCAGGCUCUUGUUUGGAAGACCUAUGUCUUAUGAAAAAUGGGAGCUUGCUGUAAUAAACAAACAUGCGCAAAUCAUGUUCUGUAUCUUUUUCUGUGAAUUAUUAAACACAUG